GUAGUGAGAGAAGCAGCAGGAAGCUUGACAAAACUCUCCUGAGCUCAACUCGGCACAAACUUUCAGAAAGUGGCCCAAGAAUGGGAACUACCACAUCUCCUACCAUAACCCUCCUUCUGAACCCUCUGUCAUUUGGACGUGCGCUCACUGGUGGCAGGAACUUGGACGUUAACUGAGAGAGCAUGGGAAGAAAACUUUUCCUUCUGUAAAUUCGAGGGAAUUUAGCCUGACAGGAUAACAAGGAUUAACAUGACCAAGCUUUUGGCAGGGUAGAAGAGAAGCGCCAGGAAAGAUGAACCCAGAAUCCUUGGACUCCACCAUCCAGAGUGCCCUGUCGGCCCUUUUCCCACCCUUUGAGGCCACAGCACCCACUGUCCUCAGCCAGCUGUUUCGCACCAUCGAGGAGCGUUACCAGGGCGAUGCACUGCAGUGCCUGCUGGACUUUCUGAUCCCGGCCAAACACCUCCUUGAGAGCGUGCAGCAGGCGGCAUGUGCUGCCUACUCUGAUGUACUGUUCCGCUGUGAAGGGUGGCCCCUGUGUCUCCACGACAGGACUGUAAUUCAGCUUGCUCCCCUCAACCCCCUUCUACUGCGACCAGGAGAUUUCUACCUCCAGGUGGAGCCAUUCGGGGACCAGGCUGCCCGCAUCGUCCUCAAGAGCCUCCUGGAGGAAGGCUGUCGGGAGGUGGAGGAGACCCCCAUCCCCGAGACCUCUUACCCCUGCAUCUUCACAGAGGACUGGCUGAGGGAGGUCAACGAUGGCCGUCACAGUACCCCACUGUCUCGCUGUCUGCUGUCUACAGAGCAGGGGGUGGUGAAGGUACCGUGGGUGCAAGUAGCUGUUCCGGAGUUUUUGGACAAACCCAAGACCAUGCCGACCACACCACCAGUUAUUCGGGAAUCUCCACUCAAUGCAAAGAUGUCAGCCUCGGAUGCUUCCACCCUGGCCUUUAAAACCAUCCCAGCUAGGGAUGGAAUAUCUGUAUCCUUACGGCUUAUGGAAGGUACCUCCAAGCACAUUGGCAUGGGCCAAAAUAAACCCACCCCCAAAGUACGCUCCAAACCACUAAUCAAACCCGUGGGCUGGGUUUCUCCCAAUACCUGGGACAGCCGGAACUUCCGCGAAAUAGAGGGGGAUUAUGUAGAUCUGAUCGAUUUUGCCAAGGAAAAAGAGACUUUGGCAAAACUGGAGAGGAAUACAAAGCCCACAACCCCUCUGUUCAAACCAGUCAGGCCCCCUCCCCCUGUUCCAGUAGGCCACAGCAUCCCCUGUGGACGAACUCUCAGGUUUUCAGCAGAGCCUUGUAGUCCAUGCAGUCAAAGAAAGUUGGGGCAAGAAGCUGGUGGCCAGGAUAUAAAGUGCAGGUACAGGGACUCCUACCUGGCAGCUUUGCUUAACCCUGUUCCCUUUGAAAGAGGAAGUGUAGACUUGUUGUCUGCUUUGGAGGAGAUUAGUCCUUCUGAGGGGGAGGAUGAAGGCAAAGGGCAUUCAGUAGGCCCAUGUCGGGAGCAAGGUGACUUCUGUAACUACGACAAAGAGUCUCUUGGACAUUGUCUCGUGGAAUCUCAGAGUCUUCACCACAAGACACCAGAAGCAGGUUGCCAACCAGAAAAAAGUAUGAAGGAAUCUCUGGUACUGGUACACAAACAGAACCAUGGGGGACAACAGAACUGUCGAGUAAACCGCUCAUUGUACCAAGCAGAACUUAAAACCACCUUAUCUCCAGCACCUCCUCAGACUAAUUUAGGUGCUAGCGAAGCGGGCUCCAAGCCACGUUGGAGUGUGGAAGUGAUGAAACCCACAGGCAAAAACAAGGCCAAACCCAGGUCGCUGUCUUCUGUAUCAGAAACGCCCAAAGGGAAUCCUCUGGUCCACAAACUAAACAAUCGGAGCCACAGUGACAUCUGCCCUGAGUUGAUCCCCAGCGUCCAUGUACUGCAAUGUAAGAAAGGCCCAGGCUUCCGCCUGAUUUCCCCAAAGCUGGAGAGACGUCAGUCCCCUAAGAAAGACUCCCUGCUUGGCAAAGCUGAACCACAGACCCCUUCAACCACUGGUGGCCUUGAGACAAAAAUGCAGAGCCCAAAGACUGACAACUCCUCGGCACCAAUCCAUCCUCCCUCUUACCCCUCUGGUGCAUCGCCCUCUCCCUUCACCCUGGAAUCCUGUUAUAGAGGCAUCAGUGAUCUGCUUCAACUAGGCUUUACCAGCCUACCAGGAAGCAGGGACAAGACAGGCAGGGCAGUGGUGGAAGUCCAUGGAGACCGCACUGGCUGGUCAUCUCAACUAGUUUCAGCCCCAGAGGUCUGCAAACUCCUACUCUACCUCCACUCAAUUCCCAGGAAGGAGGUACGAGACCUGGGAAUGACACUGGUAAUUGAUGCCAGAAAGAAGCCUCCUCCCUCCGUUCUCUACAAAGCUCUGCUGAUGGUCCAGGAGCAGGCUUUGCAUGCGGUCCACAGUGCACUGCUGCUGGUGGACAAAGACACCUCACCACGGCCUGAGAGACACCCGGGACUGCAGAUGGACAUAGUGACCUCUCUAAAGGCCCUGAGUAAGACUGUUGAGGUACAGCAGCUGACCCCUGACCUAGGAGGAACCUUCCCCUACAGCCAUUCUGAUUGGCUACAGUUUCAUCAGAAACAGGUUUCCUUCUUGUCGGAUUUGCAAGGUGCAGCUUGUUUGCUCCAGAAAGCCAUAAAUAAGAUUGAAGACCACAAAACAAUGGACACUGCCCAGGAUGUGCAGCAGUGUAUACAGGAGCAGAAAACUUCGAUGAAAGAGGUCCUAGAGGAUGCCCGAUUGGUUGCUUUACAGCGAGAAGGCGGAUCUAUUCUAGCAAAAAUGAGGAGGGAGGAGUUUCGAUUCCCCCAAUCAGAAGACUAUAGGGAUGCCAUUGAGUCUGCGACAGUGCUGUACAACCAAGUAGAGGAGAGAGUCCACACCCUGGUAAUGAGGUCCAACCAGUCCAUGCAGCACCUGGACCUGCUGUCCAGACUUAGAGACUCGGAAGGCAAACUGAACAUGGCCAAGGUGUGGUUCGACAAAGAAGGAGAGCAGUGGCUGAAGGAAUUCAACUCCACAGACAGUGACCUGAAGAGCAUGAACAAGGCCCUACAACAUGCCGAGUCUUUCCUUUCACAGGCAAAGGAGAAAAAACAGCAAGCCUUGACACUUGUGGAGGAGGCAGAGAUGAUUCUCGGCAGCGCUGACUCCAGCCCCGAAGCAGAUGUAUUUCGUACAGUGAUUAACACCUUCAAAUCCAAUAUGUCCGGGUUCAUGUUGCAAGUGGAGCAAAAGCACGCAGAGCUGGAGAAUUUGGCACAGUUGUAUCGCUUUUGUGAGCAGGCCACUGCCCUCGCCAUGGAAUGCAGACAGUAUCUGGAGCUGUUAGAGACAGGGUGCCACUCCACUAAGGCAUGGCCAAGUACGCUAAAGAACUACGAAGAGCAGUUCGUCAGGAAGUUUUCUCUCCAACACUUCCAGGCGGUAAAAGCCAAAGCGGUCCGCCCUGAGGGAUCAAGGAGGAUGAGUGUGUGGAAUGUAGCCUGGUCGCAGAUCCAAGAAUCCAGGCUGCGUCUGGUGGAGAGGCUGGAGAGGGGGGACGUUGUUAAGACCCAGAAGCAGCAACCCACAGCUGGUUAUCCUCAGGAGAGGGCUGGGGGGUCGGAGGGAGAGGAGACGGAGGGAAGGAGGGAGGAGGUUUGCCGCUCCCCCCGCACAGCGGUCCAUGCCUCAAGGCUUUCAGAAGCAAGCAGAGACACAAGUCAAAGGGAUAGUGAAAACCUUCCUUGCUUUAACCUCAAUUUCAAACCUGAUUCCCAAGGGAGCAAAGAAGCCCAAACACCUAAGUUGCCUAAAUCACUCGGAAGUGAAGGGAAUCUUGUGUCAGUUUCUCUCCAAAAUGGCGGAAGUUGCCCGGAAAGAAAAGUGAGGAAAGUACGAGAGCACAGUAGCGAGGUGGAUCUCAGGAGAGUGCAUCCCAGUGGUUGGGGCGAUCCUUUUCGAUGGCAUGAAGCCUUGGUGCGCUCUUUGAGCGAGGGGUCUUGCGUGACCACUGCUUCCUCUCCAUUGUCGGAAAAACAUGCCCAUCGGCAGCUCAGAACACAUUCACACGGACUCUGUCUUCCCCAACAACCUCACAUCUUCCUUCAACCAAGUUUCUCGUGUUGCGAGUCAACUGGGAUCACGGAGCAGGCCAGGGAAGGGACGGGUAGCUGCAGUGAAGGGACUUCAGUGUCCUCCCUGAAGCCUGUUCAAGACCAGUCCCAGUCAGUGCUACCCUUUUCUGGACCUGAUACUGAGGAAAAUGCCAGCAAUGUUCUGAAGUUGCAGAGGAUCAUGAAGGAGCUCCUGAUGACAGAGAGGGAGUAUGUGAGAGCGCUGGGCUACGUUCGAGAGCACUACUUCCCAGAGCUGGAGCGGGCUGACGUCCCCCAGGAUCUUAGAGGCCAGAGGGGGAUCAUCUUCGGCAACCUGGAGAAGCUACACGACUUCCACCGACAUCACUUCCUGAAGGAACUGGAGGGUUGUCUGAAUGAGCCCUUCAGAGUAGGGCGCUGCUUUCUAAGACAUAGAGAGAGUUUUGGCUUGUAUGCCCUCUACAGUAAAAACAAACCUCAGUCAGACAGCCUGCUCAUCAGCCACGUCAACGGCUUCUUCAAGCAAAAACAGCUGCACUUAGGAGACAAGAUGGACGUGUCCUCCUACCUGCUGAAGCCUGUGCAGCGGAUCAGCAAGUACAGCCUGCUGCUCCAGGACAUGGUGAGGGAGUGUGGCCUGCAGAGAGCGCGCGAGAUGCCCGAAGUCCAAGCUGCCCUGGAGGUCAUUCAGUUCCAGCUCCGCCACGGCAACAACCUGCUGGCCAUGGAUGACAUUCAGGACUGUGAUGUCAACUUGAAGGAGCAGGGGCAGUUGAUUCGCCAGGAUGAGUUCCUGGUUUCCUUCAGGAAGAAGAAGUGUUUCCGCCACAUAUUCCUGUUCCAGGACCUCAUUCUCUUCAGCAAGACCAAGAAGACAGACGUGGGAAAUGACAUGUACAUAUACAAACAGUCCUUCAAGACCUCUGACAUUGGAAUGACUCACAAUUCUGGGGACAGCGGUCUGUGUUUCGAGAUCUGGUUCCGGAGGAGGAAGACCCAGGACACCUACAGCCUCCAGGCCAACAACAGGGAGGUCAAAGAGGCCUGGGCCAAGGACCUAGAGCGCAUACUCUGGGAGCAGGCUGUACACAACAGAGAGGUCCGUAUGCAGGAAAGGGUAUUCAUGGGUAUUGGGUGCAAGCCCUUCAUGGAUAUCCAGCCGAGCGACGCUGCAAUCAACAAUAGGGCCGUCAACUCUGCUCUGAUUGGACGAGAAUCCAAGGCGUUGGUCUCCUCAGGGGCGGCUGGGUUGCAGGGCGGGUUUCCUGUUCAGCGUCCAGACUCGAUUGGCUCGAGGAGCAGUACAUCGUCUUCCGGCAGCCAGUCCUCUUCCUCCUCUGGGAGAGGGUCCCUGCCCUCCACUGGGUAUCCGUGUGGGCCUGAACGGAGGGGUGUAGCGGGUCACGGAGGGUACUGGGUGCCCGCUGGUGUUCUGGAGGAAGAUGACCAGGACCAUGAAAGUGGGAGUCAAAACCUACUGAUGGACAGCUCCGAGUCCUCCGGAGAGAGUGUCAGUGGCUUCAGCAGCUCUGGAGUCAGCUGCCACUCGACCCUGGAAGGUGAGGCUGACAACACCGUCACCGUGGAGGAAAAGAUAGCCCACCGAACUGAAGACGCACCAGAACACCCUAAGACUAGUCCCACCAGGCCCACGUCAAAAAAACCUCCCCCGGUUGCUCCAAAACCACUGUUCAUUUCCAAGGAGCUGACUUCCUGCAAGGUUCAGAAUGCAGUCAUUGGAAAGUCCACUGAGGUUUAACCAUUAGUUGGCAAAUUUGGACCUUUCCAGUGAAAAGGAUUCAAAUGCAGUUUGGUGUGUUAAAACUUUAGAAAGAGGACUCUUUUAAAAGACUUUGAUGUGCCUUUGCAUUACAAUGCCGACAGGUCCUCACAAGUCACCUUUGCGAUUUUUUUUUUUUAAUCAUACCACUAAAAUAUCACAUCAGGAAACAUGUCAGUCUGUACUGUAACUCCUAUGUAUACUCAUACUGUACUGCAUUAUGUUUGCAUUGUCCUGGGCUUGUGUGAAACUUUGCAUUGUUAUGUCACGUUAGUAUUCAAUAAUGCAAUACGAAACAAUAUGAAACAAAUACAAUGCCAUGAAAUAAUACAAUAUCAUAUGUACUGUCACAAAAAAAUACAUGCUUGUUACAGUUUGGACUCUUUUUUCAGUUUGGGCAUGUAACCAUCUUUUAAUGCUAAACUCCUUCUAGUUGUUCCCUCAGUUGUAUCUGAAGUAAUCCAUGUUACUAUAUGCAGUAUAUUCAUGGUGAUAUAGACAUUUUUGUAUCUUAUGUGUUGUUUCUCUGUUUGACGACAUGACAAUUGCUUUGAUUAAUGCUCAAGUCUGUGUUUCUAUCUAUUGACGUACACAAUUUAGCACCCGAUGACAAAACACUACAUGGUCCUAAUCUUUUCAAUGUUACUGCAUACAACAAUGUCCUUCUUUGGAAGUGGAAUGUAAAAAUAAAUAUGUGAUAUUGUUUCUGA